GGUGAGAUCGUGGACCAGUCGCAGCGGGAGUACAAGAUCGAGAAGAAGCUGGCGGCUAUCAAGAAGACGUGGUCUGACACGAGGGUGUCGUUCGACCUCUCGCGCGAGGACCGGACGCCGCUGCUGAGCGACCUGUCCGAGGUUCUCGAGAAGCUCGACGCGGACUCGAUGGAGAUGAACAGCAUCAACUCGCAGGGCCGCUUCAUCGAGUUCUGCAAGCCGCUGGUGGACGAGUGGAGCGAGAAGCUGCGCCUCCACUCUCGGGCGUGAUCCGUGGCCGUUUGGCCGCCCUGAGCCAGGCCAAGGAGGCCCACGAUCGUCACAUCCAAUAU